UCCAGGAUGGCCUCUUCAUUGUCCGGAUCGCGGAGCAGGUCCGGGCGCGCAAGGCGGAGGACCCGGACGACCUCGGCCACCUCCAACAGGCGGGGGGCCACUGGAGGAGCCGCAGGAGGUGGCGCAGCACGGCGCGCCCAGUCCGCGGCCACGUGGGCCUGGUGCAGGGCAUCCGCCAGACCACCACCACCAACUACAUCCGACAGAGAUGCCACCCUGGGCAAUGCUGCAAAUGAUGGGGCAUGUGGCAGCCGCGAUACGACCUAUGCAGUGUCGCCGCCCCCCCGAGACGCCAACAUCUCUGCGUCACCGCCCAGGAAGAGGCGGCCAGCUGCAAGUGGAAAGACGCGACGGUCCGAGGUGGUGGCAUUUCUAGAGAGGUGUGACCAAAGUGAAAGAGUACUGAAAGAGCGUCAGCUCAACCUUGACGAAAGGAAGAUGGCCCUUGAUGAGAACCGCUUUGCGCUAGAGCAGCGAAAGCACGAAGAGGAGGCAGAAGACAAGGCAGAGGAACGGCGUUUGCAAGUAGAGGGGAAGCGCCUGCUUCUCGAGAUGCUUUCAAGGAAACUCAAGAAUUGAGUAUAUGCAAUAAAACAGGAGUGCCACAACAUCA